CGCGGCCGCCGGGCAGCAGCCGCAGGCAGGUGCGGCCUGGGGAAGGCCCCGGGCACGACGCUCCGGGGGUGGAAGGCGACCUCUUUGAAGUCGGCCGACCGGCUCCGAGCCUUUAAUAAGCCAGCGAAGACCGACCAGACCCAGUGACCGCAGCCCGGCCACGCGCUUGUCCCGGGACGAGCGUCCUCCGCAGCGGACAAAGGGUCGGGAAACUUGAGCUCAGGCUUGUCCCGGAAACUCCCGGCUAGGGGUCACCCAGGCAACGGGUUCGGGAGCUUAGAGGCCGCUCCGAGUUAGGGGGUGACCCGGCCUUUGCGGCCCCCGGCACGCCCCGCCCCCAGGCCGCGGCCGCCCGAGCCGGCGACUGACCCUCGGCAGCUCCUGUAGUCACGUGGCGCCUGGGAACCCGGCAGGGGGGAGGUUGGGGACGGGCCUGGCAGUUGUGAACUCGAACCUGCGGCUGUCGCCGCGCCGGGGUGGGGAGCGGGCCGCGGAGGCCAGCCUUCGGGCUCCAUGGACGCGUGCCGCGGUCCUGCACAGCCCGCCGGAGAGGUAAGGCUGACCUCUCUGCAGUCAGAGGUCUAAGCUCUGCCAUGGGGCUAGGGGUGUCUUUAUUGCUGCAGUUUUCUCUGACAUCUGGGGGCUACCGGAGUGUGGGCCGAAGCAGGCGUGGCAGCCGCAGAAGUAUCCCCAGGAGGAGCUGGAAAAAGCCUGCUCCCCAGCUCUGCAGUUUACAGGCAGAGGCAGGACCCAUGCUGGAGCAUCGCUGCAGGGACCCCCUGGCCAUGGGACCAGCCCAGCCCCGACUCAUUUCUGGGACCUCCCAGAAGUCACCCCAGAGCCUGGAGACGGAGUCCCGCCGGCUGAAGCAACAAGGCACCUCAGUGGCCCAGGCUCCUGGCCAGGCCCCAGGCAGGGCCCAUCGCUGCGCGCACUGCCGAAGGCACUUCCCAAGCUGGGUGGCCCUGUGGCUUCACACCCGGCGAUGCCAGGCCCGGCUGCCCCUGCCUUGCCCCGAGUGUGGCCGUCGCUUCCGCCAUGCCCCCUUCUUGGCCCUGCAUCACCAGGUCCAUGCCGCAGCCACCCCACACCUGGGCUUCACCUGCCACCUCUGUGGGCAGAGCUUCCCAGGAUGGGUGGCCCUGGUUCUGCAUCUGCGAGCCCACUCAGCUGCAAAGCGGCCUAUCGCUUGUCCCGAGUGCGAGAGACGCUUCUGGAGACGCAAGCAGCUUCGAGCUCAUCUGCGGCGGUGCCACCCGCCUGCCCCUGAGGCCCGACCCUUCAUCUGUGGCAACUGUGGCCGGAGCUUUGCCCAGUGGGACCAGCUAGUUGUUCACAAGCGUGUGCAUGUAGCCGAGGCCCUGGAAGAGGCAGCAGCCAAGGCUCUGGGGCCCCGGCCGAGGGGCCGCCCUGCAGUGACCGCCCCCAGGCCCGGCGGGGAUGCGGUAGACCGGCCCUUCCAGUGUGCCUGUUGUGGCAAGCGCUUCCGGCACAAGCCCAACCUGAUCGCCCACCGCCGCGUGCACACCGGCGAGCGGCCGCACCAGUGCCCCGAAUGCGGGAAACGCUUCACCAACAAGCCCUACCUGACUUCACACCGGCGCAUCCACACUGGCGAGAAACCUUACCCGUGCACUGAGUGCGGCCGCCGCUUCCGCCACAAACCCAACCUGCUAUCGCACAGCAAGAUCCACAAGCGGUCGGAAGGCUCUGCUCAGACUGCCGCCCCGGGUGCCGCGAGCCCCCAGCUGCCAGCCGGGUCCCUGGAGCCCCUGGCAGAGCCACCUGCAGAGGCCGUAAUGCAGUUAAUCCAGGGGCCUGCACCGGAUUCUGCGCGGGAGGUGCUCUCAGAGCCCCGGCAGGACCAGGCUGAGACCCCGGCCUCACUCUACAGCUGCGACGACUGCGGCAGGAGCUUCCGGCUCGAGCGCUUCCUGCGCGCCCACCAGCGCCAGCACACUGGGGAGCGGCCCUUCACCUGCGCCGAGUGCGGAAAGAACUUCGGCAAGAAGACCCACCUGGUGGCGCACUCCCGGGUCCAUUCCGGCGAGCGGCCCUUCGCCUGCGAAGAGUGUGGGCGCCGCUUCUCCCAGGGCAGCCACCUGGCUGCCCACCGGCGCGACCACGCCCCCGAGCGGCCCUUCGUCUGCCCCGACUGCGGCAAGGCUUUCCGUCAUAAGCCCUACCUGGCCGCCCACCGGCGCAUCCACACCGGCGAGAAGCCCUAUGUGUGCCCCGACUGCGGCAAAGCCUUCAGCCAGAAGUCCAACCUGGUGUCCCACCGGCGCAUCCACACGGGCGAGCGGCCUUACGCCUGCCCCGACUGUGACCGCAGCUUUAGCCAGAAGUCCAACCUCAUCACCCACCGCAAGAGCCACAUCCGGGACGGCGCCUUCUGCUGCGCCAUCUGCGGCCAGACCUUCGAUGAUGAGGAGAGACUCCUGGCUCACCAGAAGAAACACGACGCCUGAAGGGGGCGGGCAGUGGAGGCGUGGGUGUCCCCGCAGGAGCUGGCGGAGAUGUGUGGGUGGUUGCCUUGGUGCUGGUGGUGGGGACGUAUGGGAAACCCGCUGGGGACAGAGGAGGCCAAGUUAGCUGGGCCUGGUUAGGGGGGGAGUUCAACACCCCCCUACUCCACCCCUUCCCCACGGUCAGGGCAUCCACUUUAGGAAGCAAGGCCCGGGCCUCCAGCUGGUGUUUGCUGAGGCUCUCUCCUGACUGUUGUGCCCGGGAGAAGUAGCAAUGGCAGCUCGGUCUAACCCUUAGAGCCCUGCGCUUAGAGGGACCUCCUGUGGAAAGGAAGGCCCGGCAUCCUCUGGUGUUAACGCCUUAACGCCCCCGUCUUUUCCCGUGAAUUACUCCGGAUCGGAAGUAGGUGUGGUACAGUCCUUAGUAAAUGAGCACUCGGGGAUGAAAAGUGGGCCAGCUGGGUACACCUUGGAGAGCCUGCCCGCCUCGUUAGACAACACCUGAGCCUGUUCCAGCAUUCAGAGCUGAAGCCCAGCUGCUCUUUACCUCUCCUCCCCCCCCCCCCCCCGCCCCUGCGUAGGCCUCGGGAAGACCUAACUACCGUUAGCCCGUCCUCUUCCUCUGCAGAGAUCAGUCCCCGCAGGGCAUUUUCUCACUGAUGUGUCUGGCUUUAUCCACCACCCCUCAGUACGUAGGGUUCCCCUGGCUGCCAGCAGCCCCUUCUGCAGGCUUUUUGUCUGAGCUCACCAACCCCUCCUUCCAAAGCUGGACAGCUGUGGAAGGUCUCCGAUGGUGAGGAGGCCAGCCGCAGGGAGGACACUUGGUGAGUUUCCUUUUCCACAUCGCUAGCGGCUGGAUGCUCAGCCUCUGCUUGGGCACCUCCACCUCCUGAGGCCCUGGUUCUACUGUAGGAUGAUUCUAAUUCUUAGAAGUUCUUCCUUAUAAUGAGUGAAGUCCGCUUUCCUAUGAUUUCUACCUACUGGGCCUCGUUCUGUUCUCUGACACUGAAGAGAACGACUAUUUACCCUCCUUUUCAGACUAUAGAGAAUAAAGAUUUGGUUUUAGAACUGG